UUCGCAUCAUGGGGCUACCGCCGGUGCCUCGUCUAAUUUUGUUUUCGGUACUACUUUUUGUUUAUGUUCGAAGCGAAACCCUUACGCCGCCCUAUUUCAAUUUGGCCGAAGGGAAAAAUAUUACGGCCACAGCCACAUGUGGGGUGGAUACCGAAGGGCCGGAACUUUAUUGUAAGCUGAUCGGUAGUAAUUCGGAUAACGAACCUACUGUUAAUGUUAUACAAGGACAGUAUUGUGAUGUUUGUGACCCGAGAACACCUGGCAAACACCAUCCACCUGAACACGCGGUAGACGGCAAAGAAACGUGGUGGCAAAGUCCGCCCUUGUCUAGAGGCAUGAAAUACCAGGAAGUGAACCUGACCAUUGAUCUUGGACAGGAAUUCCACGUAGCCUAUGUCUACAUUUACAUGGCAAACUCUCCCCGACCAGGCUUAUGGGUAUUGGAAAAAUCCGCUGAUUACGGAAAAACUUACACUCCUUGGCAGUACUUUUCCGAUUCGCCGGCCGAUUGCGAAAACUUUUUCGGACGGGAAACUUUACAACCAAUCACCAGGGACGAUUCAGUGGUUUGUACUACCGAGUACUCGAAAAUUGUACCACUAGAAGGUGGAGAGAUUCCAGUAUCUUUACUUACCAACCGCCCAUCAGCGUCUCACUAUUUCAACUCCUCAGUGCUACAAGAAUGGACCAGAGCCACAAACGUCCGGCUCAGAUUCCUGAGAACCAAAAAUCUACUCGGCCAUCUCAUGUCUGUAGCCAGGCAAGACCCUACAGUAACCAGAAGAUACUUUUACUCAAUAAAAGACAUCAGUAUCGGAGGCAGGUGCAUGUGCAACGGUCACGCUCAAACUUGCGACAUUCCAGACGCCAAGGAUCCGAGAAUUUUAAAAUGCAACUGUAAGCACAACACUUGCGGUGCCAAGUGCGACGUUUGUUGUCCAGGAUUUGAACAGAAAAAAUGGCGAGUUUCUAAAUAUGACGAACCAUUCAAAUGCGAACCGUGCAAUUGCUUUUUGCACUCGUACGAGUGCGUUUACGAUCCUGAAGUCGAUGCUAAAAAAUUGUCUUUGGAUAUUAAUGGUAAAUACGAAGGUGGAGGUGUUUGCCAGAACUGCAGGCACAACACUGAGGGUAUUAAUUGUAAUAAGUGUAAAGCAGGAUUUUAUAGGCCUUAUAGUAGACAUUGGAAUGAGACUGAUGUUUGUCAACGUUGCCAAUGUGAUUAUUUCUUUGCAACUGGUAACUGUGCGGAAGGUUCCGGUAGGUGCGAAUGUCGCAAAGAAUUCACGCCGCCCAAUUGCGACAGCUGUAGCUUCGGGUACUACGAUUAUCCCAACUGCAAGCAAUGCGAGUGCUUCAUCAAUGGUACCAUCAAUCAACAAUGCGCCCCUUACGACGGUUCUUGUGCCUGCAAAGAGAAUUUCGGCGGAAAAGAUUGCAAAGAGUGCGCUCCUGGAUAUUAUAAUUUUCCUGAAUGCAAAUCUUGUAGGUGUGAUGCUGUAGGAUCAGAUUCGGUUUCGUGCGAUCAAGAAUCUGGAAAUUGUACUUGUAAAGUGCAGUAUUCGGGUGGCAAAUGCGAUCAAUGCCAGGAUGGAUAUUUUGAAUAUCCAAAGUGUAACUAUUGCAACUGUGACAUAAAAGGUACCAGAGAUGGUAUUUGCGAAAAAGAAACUGGUCAGUGUAUUUGCAAAGAAGGCUAUGGCGGUGAUCGUUGCGAUAUAUGCAUUUUAGGAUACUACGGUUAUCCCGAUUGCAAACCAUGCAACUGCAGCAAAACCGGCUCUCAAAGUACCACGUGUAGCGCUACAGGAAAGUGCGAUUGUCUAGGCAACUAUGCUGGAAGAACUUGCGAUCAAUGUAGUCCAGGCUUCUACAAUUAUCCUGAAUGCAAACCUUGUGAAUGUGAUUAUCACGGCUCGCAUGGACUUUCUUGUGAUAGAGAGGGCAAGUGUGAGUGUAACAACAACUUUGCUGGACAAAGGUGCGAUGAAUGCAAAGAAGGAUUCUACAAUUUUCCAGUUUGUGAAGAUUGCAAUUGUCAUCCAGCUGGAGUAGUAGCAGGAUUCGCAGGUUGCGGUUCAGUUCCAUUAGGCGAACUUUGCAUCUGCAAAGAACGAAUUGAAGGAAGAAUUUGUGACAAAUGCAGGCCGCUUUAUUGGAACCUGAAUCCUAACAACCCUCACGGUUGUGAGGAAUGCAAUUGUAGCAAAUCCGGAGUUUUGGGUGGAAUCGCCGUAUGCGACACUGAAGAUGGCCAAUGCGUUUGCAAACCUUCUGUUAUCGCUAGAGGAUGUUCAGAGUGUGCAGAUGGCACUUAUAAUUUGCAGGAGGAUAAUCUUUUUGGAUGCAGCGAUUGUGGUUGCGAUGUUGGAGGCUCUAUAAGCAGUAUUUGUAAUAAACAAAGUGGCCAGUGUAUUUGUCAGUCGAGAGUUACAGGAAGAACUUGUAAAGAACCUUUGCAGGCUCAUUAUUUCCCAACGCUUUACCAAUACCAAUAUGAAGUUGAAGAUGGUCAUACAUCAGAAGACUACAGAGUCCGCUACAAUAAUGAUGAGACAGUUUUUAAAAAUUAUUCUUGGAAAGGCUAUGCGGUGUUUUCUUCGCAGUUGCAACGCGAAGUAAUCCAGGAUAUUAACAUUUUCAAGCCUUCUUUGUAUAGGAUGGUGCUCAGAUUUGUUAAUCCCAAUCCUUACACUGUUAUCGGAGGCAUUAAAGUCACCCCUGACAACCCCAACGAUAACGAACAGUAUUUGAAGGUGCAAUUUAAGAAUUCUUCAGAACCAGUUUUCACAACUGUUUCUGGUGAAGCUGGAAAUAUUCCUUCUCCGUUUGUAUUGAAUCCUGGAAGAUGGAGCGUCAGUAUUAAUGUCAACGAUAGUAUACUUUUGGAUUAUUUCGUCCUUCUACCUGAAGACUUCUAUCUGGCAACCAUCCUAAAUCAAAAAGUCGAAACUCCAUGCACCCUCAACGAAACCGGUUUAUGUCGCUCUUUUGGUUAUCCCAACAUAAGCUACUUCGAUAGGACUUUCGGUGUUGGAGGUUACAUUCCCAAUGGUGAUGGUCAAGGCAUGCCAAUAAAAGAAUAUUUUUUGGACAUUGAUCAUUUGCAUGCAAUAGACAUCUACAAUAGAGUCCCUUUGCUCAAUACAGAGCAAACGCAACUCUCCUUCAAUUUAACUGUAGCUAAACCUGGCCCUUAUGUUUUGCUCAUCAACUAUGUCACUCCUUUAAACGAUCUGCGCACUCAUAAAAUAGAUAUUACAACUCACGGAAGAAAUACUCCUGAAAAUGGAAAUAUUAUCUUAUAUUCUUGCCCAUAUAAUCCUAGCUGCAGGCAAGUAGUCACCAACAUUGACGGAGGAGUGGGUAUUUUCGAUGUCCAAGGAAACUCCAUGGUAGUAGACUUAAAAAGCAAUUCUAGCAAUGUAGGCAUUCACUCGGUUUACCUAAUUCCUUACGAAGAAUGGUCCUUGGACUACAUCAAGCCUAAAAGAGUUUGCAUCAAAAAGAACGGCGAAUGUAUUACAGGCUCCUUUAGGAAUCCACCUGAAACCAAGAAAAUCCAAUUCGAACAAGAACUUGAAGGCGAACUAGCUAAAAACAGACCGCAAGUGUUACUCUAUAACAACAACAGUUUUAUUUGGUUGAACAAGGGCUACAGUAAUGUGGAUAUGAGAGGCAAAGUGCCAGAACCUGGAUAUUAUACUUUUGUUUUGCAUUAUUACCAACCCGAUUAUCCAGUGUUUGAUUUAGAUGUUAUAAUUCAAAACGGAAAAUUCUAUGAAGCCAAAGUACCUGUAGAACAUUGCCCCUCUGUGUCCGGAUGCAGAUCGAUGAUAUAUCAGAGCGAUAAGAAUAAUAAAUUUGAUUUGUUGGAGAAUUUUAUGAUAUCGUUUAAGCAACCUGAAGGCAAAAACGUCUACUUGGAUUACAUUUUAGUAAUACCGGCCGAUCUAUACACUGAAAGAUUCCUGGAAGAAGAAGAACUAGACAGAACAGGGGAAUUUAUUUCAACUUGCGGCAGCAAUAACUUCAACAUUGAUACAAGCCAAAGUGGCUUUUGCAGGGACUCAGUCUUUUCCAUUACAGCUGCUCACAAUACGGGAGCUUUACCUUGCCAGUGCGACUAUGCAGGUUCCAUUAGUUUCGAGUGCGAAAAAUUCGGCGGACAGUGCAAAUGUAAAGACAACAUAAUCGGUAGACAGUGUACGGCUUGUAAAACUGGAUACUUUGGUUUUCCGAAUUGUAGACCUUGUAAUUGUCCGUCAACUGCUUAUUGUGAACCAAACACUGGUCAGUGUAUUUGUCCGCCACACGUAACAGGUGAAAAAUGCGAUCAGUGCGAGCCUUUAACUUUUGGCUACGAUUCCUUAAUUGGUUGCCAGCAGUGUGGUUGUAAUCCUUUGGGUACCAACGGUUCUUUGCAAUGUGAUCUACUGAAUGGAGCUUGUCCCUGCAAGGAUAAUGUCAACGGAAGAACCUGCGACAAUUGCCAGGCUGGAUUCUACGCAUUUCCUUAUUGCGAGUCGUGCGAUUGCAACCAAAAUGGUACCGAUAGUGAAAUUUGCGAUAAAGGCACAGCGGAAUGUUUUUGUAAGAAGAACGUCGUUGGGUACCAUUGUGAGACUUGUAGAGAAGGAUCCUUUAAUUUACAGUCUACAAAUCCUGAUGGAUGUACACAAUGCUACUGUUCUGGCAAAGCGACAAAAUGCUUUAGUGCUGGUUUCGUUAAUGAUCCUAUUUUCGAUUUGAGUAAUUGGACUUUAGUCGCUAUUGACACUAAUGAAGACAAUUUGAAUAUUACCCAAUUACCAGUAUCUCUUGAAAGUGUUGGAAGUGAUGCUAUUGGGGCAGUUUUAUCAGACCUCGACAAAAGUACUGUCGCUUAUUUUGCAGCUCCCCUGCCAUAUUUAGGCAAAAAAUUGUCUUCGUACGGAGGCGCCUUAAGAUACACUAUAUUUUACAGUAUUGGAGAAAAUGGUACUGCUGUUAGCGGACCUGAUGUAAUUUUGAAAGGAGCCAAUUCUUACCUGACAUUUUCAAGUAUCGAACAACCACCUCCAGUUUUCAAAUAUGCCACUGAAGUACUACUUAUUGAAUCCCUAUUCGAUACAGCUUCAGGAGAUCAAGCUAAACGCGAUCAAAUUAUGGAAGUUUUAAAAGAUCUCAGAGGAGUUUAUAUAAGAGCUAGCUAUUGGACUAAGGGUGAAACCACAAGGCUUAUUGAAGUCACUCAAGAUGAAGGCAUUCCAAGAGAAAUUUAUGCAGAAAGGUACCGUAUUGAAUAUAAUCCUCCACAAGAGAUGCCAUCUGUUGAAAGGUGCGCUUGCGAACUGAAUUAUCAAGGUUUAUCUUGUGAAGAGUGCUCUCCAGGUUUCUACCGAUUCAACAGUGAAGGUUCUCACGGAGGUGCUUGUGUACCUUGUGACUGUAAUGGACAUGCUACUGAAUGUGACGUCAAUACAGGAGUUUGUCUGGAUUGCCAACAUAAUACACGAGGGGACCAUUGUGAGCUUUGCGAUGUCGGAUAUCAUGGUGAUGCCAGAUCUGGCACACCCAAUGACUGUUUAAUCUGUGCCUGCCCAUUACCUAUUACUAGUAAUAAUUUUGCCAAUGGAUGCGACGUAAGUUCAGAUGGGGAACACAUCAGUUGUCAAUGCAGAGAUGGUUACAUUGGAGCCAGGUGUGAAUCUUGCGCUCCAGGCUUCUACGGACUUCCAGAACUGCAAGGCGACUACUGCAAACCGUGUCAGUGUUCAGGAAAUAUAGACUCAAAAGAUCCUUACUCUUGCGAAUCAACCACAGGACGUUGUUUGCGUUGUUUGAACAACACUUUUGGAGAAGCUUGUGGUUUAUGUGCUCCAGGUUAUUUUGGAGACGCUGUAGAAAGGAAAGAUUGUCAAUCAUGUCUUUGCGAUAAAUUAGGUACAGCGAAGUGUGAUCAUCAAAGCGGUCAGUGCAUUUGCAAGCCUAAUGUAAUUGGUGAAAAGUGUGAUAGAUGUCUGGAUGAACAUUAUGGAUUCCCAUCUGGACAAGGUUGUGUAAAAUGUGAUUGCGCUGAAGCUUCAGACAGUCGUCAGUGUGACGAUGCUACAGGCCAGUGCAGGUGCAAAGAUGGUGUAACUGGAAGGGCUUGUAACAGAUGUGCCGCAGGCUAUUGGAAUUAUACAAAAGAAGGAUGUGUUUCAUGUGGCUGCAAAGGAGAAUACUCUAUUGGUGUUGGAUGCAGUGCAGAAACAGGCCAAUGCGAGUGUUUGCCGGGAGUAGUUGGAGAAAAAUGCGACCAGUGCCCUCACAGAUGGGUUUUCGUUCCAGAAGUUGGAUGUCAUCAGUGCGACAAUUGUCAUCAUGCCUUGAUAGAUGAUACUGAUGCCUUAGCUGCUAUGAUUGAUCCUAUUAUAAUUGAAUUUGAUUCAACACAAUCUGGAUAUUUCACUAGAAGAAAACUAGACAGCAUGAGAGAACAAUUAGAAAAACUCAAACCAAAAUUCGAUGAAGUGGAUCCUAGACAAAUCAGUCUAACUGGGCCAAUGCAAGAGUUGGAAAGUUUGGAACAAGAUUCCAAAAAUCUAAACCGCAAAUCCAACUAUUCCUUGCAAAACAGCGAAGAUCGCAGAAACGAGUCUAUGGAGUUGAAAGACAGGGCUGAAGUUUUGCUGGAUAGUUUGACAAAAGCAGAAGAAGAUUGUAUCAGGGCUCUUGAAGAUAUUGACAGGAUAACUGGACAACUUAAUGAAGAAUCGGGCAAUGAAGUCGAUAAAGUCCUACAAGAAGGCCAAGAACUGCUAGAAGCGAUGAAAAUCUACAAUUUAACCGAGAGGCAACAAGACGCUGAAAACCAACUGAAUAAAGUAGAUGAACUAAUGAAAAAUGUGACCGAAUAUAAAUUGCCUGUCGAUAAUCUGGAAUUGGAAAUUGGAGAAAUUAAAUCGGGAAUUAAGGAGUUCAAUGAUAAGUUGGAUGAUUUGUACAAUCACACUCGGCAUUCUUUGACUAGUGCUGAGGAAGCUGAAAAAAUUACUAAUAGAAUGGGAAAAGAGCGCCUAAAAGGAAAACUAGAUAACAUCCAAAGUCAAAUAACCCAAUCCAAAGCAAACCUGCAAGACUCUGAAGCUCUUUUAGCAAACGCCUCCGAUUUAUUGGAAAUCAGCAUAGGAAAACUGAAGCAACUCUCAGAUUCACCUGAGGAAUUAGAAACUAGAAACAGUGAAUUUGAAGUCAGAUUGGACACAAAUCAAGGCGAAAUCGAAAAAAUCAAAGAACUAAAGCCUACAGUACAAGCUCACGCUGAAAAUUUGUCGCAAAAAGUACAAAAUUUGGAAAGAAUCUUGUCGGACAGCCAAUUGGAUUCCAACGAUGCCAUCAAAGCAGCCAGAGCCUACAAAGACAUUGCUGAAGCUGUUAAAAGCGCCCAUGAAGCUGCAGAAAAUGCUAAAAACGACACCGAUCAUGCUGUUAAUAUCUUGAGUACUGUUCAACAAAGGACAAUGGAAGCUGAAUCGAAUUCUAGCAGUACCUUAGAUGAUGCUCACAAGCUUGACCAAAGCAUUCGAGACACUUUGGAGCCAGCAUUGAAGCAAUCCAUAGUGAUUUUUGGGCCACUAAAACAAACACAAGCUGAUAAUGAUGUUAUUCUGCAAGGAAUCGAGCAAAUAUUGCAAAAACUCCACGCACCUGCAUUGGAUAAAAGCUUCAAAAAUGCUUCUAACAUGGCUGACAAUGCUUUAAGUUUCACUAGUAUGAUAAACGAAACCGUUAAUGCUUCUUUUGUCACUCUUCCCGAAGAAAAAGCCAAAGCCAUUAAACUCCCAAAAGAUUUGGAUGAUAUUGGACGCAACUUGGAUCAAACCCGAAAUCAAAUAGCCACAGUCAAUGAAACUUUACCAACAGUCUUGAAACAUUUGGAAGAACUACCAGAAGCCCAGAAAAAACGCAACCGAUCUUCCGAAGACAUAAAAAACAAAAUUAACAAACUCAACAACCAAAUCGAGCUAGCUAGAGACUUGGCCAACAGACUUAAAGUAGGAGUCAAAUUCUAUUCAAACACAACUCUAGAACUUAGAAAUCCUGAUAACAUUGAAGACAUGACCACUUCAACUAAAAUCAGCGGAUACUUCAGAACCGAUAAGCCAAAUGGAUUAAUAUACUAUCUCGGUAAUCCCAACGGCACCAAUUUGCGCAAAACCAAAUCUGACGAUUAUAUGGCUUUGGUAGUCCAAAACGGUUAUCCGGUGUUGAAACUGGACAUCGGCAACGGCCCUGAUCAAGUCAUACUAAAAAAACCCGUAGCCGAUAACGUGUGGAGACAAUUUAUCAUCGAACGAGUGGGUCAUAAUGCAAAAUUAAGUAUCCGCGAGGAAUUACCAAACAGACAAGAAAACAUUGAAACCGCCGAAAAAGCUUUAACAGGCCCCUACACGAUAUUCAAUUUGGAUAAGGACAAAUCCAAAUUGUUUGUGGGCAGUUUUCCAGUUAACUAUGAAAUGCAAAAGGACAUUGACGUGAAUUCGUUUGAGGGUGAGAUUGAAGAGUUGGUCAUUGGUAAUACGCCAGUGUCGUUGUGGAACUUUGUGGAUGCUUACGAGAAUAAUCAUGGAGCUAAAGAACGUGACAGGUUGGUAGAUCUAGAACCCAGCACAGGACUCAGUUUCAACGGUCAAGGCUACGCCAUAAUCGAUGCAAGAUCUCACCAACUCCGAGCCCGAUCCGCCGUGGUUUUAUCUUUCAAAACGUACGCCCCAGAAGGUCUGAUAUUUUUAGCAGGCAAAGACAAAACGUUCAUGGCUCUAGAACUACAAAAAGGCAAAGUCUUAUACCAGUACAACUUGGGUAGUGGAACCAAGAAAUUCGUUUCCUCGGGACGUUUCAAUGAUGGUAAUUGGCACAAAGUGUCGGCCACUAGGGAAGGACCAAGAGGAAAACUUAAAAUCGACUCGGAAGAAGCUAUUGAUAGGACAACGGAGAUUAGUGGGAAUAAUUUGGAGCUUAUUGAAACUCUUUCGUUUGGUGGUUAUCCGCAUGUGCAUCACUUCCCUGAUGUAACUAAUGUUAAAUUCGAUGGAUGCAUUAAUAAUAUCACCAUAACUGGGGAACCAGUAGAUUUGAGGGAUAAUGUUAAGUCCUAUGGAGCUACACCUGGAUGUCCUGCCAAGUUUGCUUCAAUGGUUUCCUUCAACAAAUCUCGUCCAGGUUACGUAGGUUGGGAUCGCAUGUCUGUAGACAACGAUUUUAGAGUUUCCCUAAAAUUCAAAACCAAAGAAAAAGAUGGUUUGAUAUUCUAUAUAACCGAUUCAGAUCAGAGUAAUGGAAUGUCGUUGUCCAUAGUCAAUGGACAUUUAAAAGUUAUUAGUCAAAAAAUCGAAUUGGUUUCCAGUGAAACUUUCAACGACAGCGAUUGGCACGUGGUCUCUGUGAUUCACAAUAAUCAAAAUUUGAGGGUCGAUUUUGAUGAUUAUAGCAAAAAAGUCACCGACAGUACUCCGCCACCAUUACAUAUCCUAUUUGCAAAUAUGUACGUAGGAGGACUACCCAGAAACUACAAAGUUGCCUCUGGAACUUUAGGUUCUAAACAACCAUUCCACGGAUGCAUUGCAGAUCUGACUGUUAAUGGAAACGUAAAGAACUUUGCCAACACUACUGAUAAAUCGUUUGAGAUUUUGGACAAGUGUAUUUUGGAUCGAGGAUUUUUGCCUAUUGAUCCUUCAGUACAUCAAUUGCCUGCAUUUGAUCCACUUGUAGACGCAACUUUGCCACCGGUAACCACUGAACCAGUCGUGACUGAAAAUCCAUAUGUGCCAAUUAAAGGUGCUAGAGGUGACGGCGGCAUCGACUUCCUACCCAAGGAACCCAAACCAGAACCACAACCAGAAUCCACUCCACAACCGAAACCAGCUGAACCUGAAUUGCCCGUUUUGCCUAGAGCACCUAUUGGUAGAGUGCCAAUAACAACACCUAAACCUGUCCAUCAAGGUUGCGCCCUACCAUUGGAACCAGCAGAAGAAAAUAUUCAACAGAGCGGAAACCGUUUUGGAACCCAGCCGGGAAGCCGCAUCGAAUUCAACACUCCCAGAGGCAAAUUCCGCAAGAAUUUCGAUUUCAGUUUGGAGUUCAAAUCCAGUUUUGCUAACGGAAUUAUUUUCUACGUUUCCGACUUGAAAAGUCACACUCAUUAUGCCUCGUUGCUUUUGCAAGAUGGUUAUCUCAUAUUUACCUUUAAGGGUGAACAUGCGACACCUCUAAUAUUAAGAUCUCAAUUGACUUACAAUGAUAAUGAGUGGCAUAUAAUUGAGUUUAGUAGAGACGGUGCUGAAGGUAAAAUGGUUAUAGAUGGCAGAGAUUUAUCUGGAAGGAUACCGCAUAAAACACCUUCACUGGAUCUUCAUAUACCUUUCUAUGUUGGCGGAGUGCCUUUGGAGGAUUAUGACAAAGUCUUACCAAAUCUUAACACAACUACCCAAUUCAAUGGAUGCAUCAAAAAUCUUAACAUGAACGACAAACCUUUAGAAUUCCCAAAACAAUACGACAUCAUACCAUGUUCUGAUAAUGUUGAAGCCGGUACGUUCUUUGGAGGAGGUUUGAACACUUAUAUACGACUAAGAGAACAUUACAAUGUCGGACAAGAGUUUAACAUCAAAAUGGAAAUCAAACCUAGAGUCAAUUCAGGUUUACUUGUAGCGGUGCAUGGUAAAAAAGAUUUUGUAGUCUUGGAAAUGCAUAAUGGGCAUUUGAGAUUGACUGUAGAAAAUGGCAGAGGUCCAGUUGUUGCUACUUAUGUGCCUCCUGGCAAUAAUAAUUUCACUUUGUGUGACGGACAAUGGCAUGAGAUACAAGCUGUUAAAUCCAAAAACGUAAUCACUCUUUCGGUGGAUAACAUCUUUACCGAUCCUAAAAUUGGUAUUCCGUCUGCUGUUUCUAGUGACACUGGAAGUGCCUUGUUCCUAGGGGGUCACAGGAUUAUUAAGAGAGUCAGAGGAAUUGUUUCGCGUACUCCUUAUGUAGGGUGCAUUAGAAACGUGUACCUUAAUAAUGAUGGAAUUGAUCUUGCCACUACUAAAGUGGAAGGCAAUAUUACCAUUGGUACUUGUCGUACCAAUUAGAAAUAAAUAGUUUUGAAUUUUUAAAUGGGAUUUUUUUUGCUAUUUUUCUUCUUAUUCAACUAAUUCUAACUCUUAUAGCUUCUACUAACAAAAUAAAGCAUAUUUUUAAGUAAUUUUUGAGGUUUUAUUACAAUUGAAUAGUGUUUUUAAUAAAGUCACAGUAAUUACAAAGUUUUCAACAUUGGAACAAUCAGUGAGUGUUUUUGAAACAUUAGAUUUGAGAACUAGAAAAUCAUUGCUUUGAUUCCAAUGAGACAAUUUUCAAUUGAUUGGAACCAAAACAAAAGUGCUGGGCACUUUAUCAAUAAGAUAAAUUUCUACUCUUAUUGUCAUUUUUUUGCUAUAAGAUUUUCAUAAAAUAUUUAGUACCCAGCACAAAAUAUUGUAUGAAUCCCGCCAGGAAGUCCAAAAGAUAAUUUUCAGGCAGGAAAUUUGAAUCUUAACUUUAUUACAAAAAUAUUUUGAUAAAUUACCUAACUAAAGUGAUGCUACAAGAUUUUCUUUUUUGGUCAUUUACACGCAGUUUCUUAAAAAAUAUGUUUUUGAUCAACCUUAAUAAAAUAAUGUAUUAAUUUAUUGAAUUAUCCUUAAUCUACAAAUUGAUGACUAAGAACUAGAAAUUCCAAGCUCUUAGUCUAUUGUUUUUAUUGUAAUUCAAUAUUAGAAGCAAAACAAACGUCAAACUGUAGUAGAAAUGAACCACAAGUUCUAUUCAAUAUAGGUAUAAUUUGUGUCAAACACAGAUGAGCAAACCAAUCAUUAAAACCUAAUAAUUUACUGGAAUGUAACUUAAGAAAUAAAAUAGGAAUAAAUUAAAAAAGGAUAAGUAUUGGUACCUAAAAUUAAAAUGACCUCAACUCCUACCAUUCCUUAACUACAAUCAGACUUAGAUUAAAGAAUUGAGCACCAUUUUUUAUCACAAUUCUUCUUAUAAUCCUAAAGAGUGGCCAAUAAUUAUUGCUUAAAUAGGACCAGACAUAAAUUGAGCAUUUUAUUGGCCACUCUAUUAUAGAACUGUCUCGACUCAAAAAUAGAGACAGAACUUUUUUCCUAAUAUCAUAGCCCCGAGACUAUGGCACUAAAAAAUAUCUCGGGGCCUUUUAAUUAACUAUUAUUUGGGCAAGUAAUCACCAAAUAUCAAACAUACCGGUAGUCGCGUUCACAUCACUUAUGGCACUUUUAGGAUCCGGAGCCAAACUGCUCCACUGCGUAGUUCUACACUGAUCAAUUUUUUCACAAACCUGACCAUUUACACAUACUUUAUCAAUAAAGUAAAAUGUAUUCACCAAACUGUCAAUCCACUCUAAGAGGCUAUCAUCUUGUUUUUGUGAAUUAAAACGUGCUUUUUCUUGUAGAAGGCCUUUUAAGGAAUCAUUGGGCAAGAAUUUCGAGUAAGAAUCUCCAAAAGUGUUCAAGUAGGUUAAUCCAGAAUGUAAAAAGGCUAUUUCAUGGCUAGUAAUUGGUUUGCCUGUAUGGAAUUCUAAUGGCAAGAUUGGAAAAGAGGUUUGGGCUAAGAGGGUAUCUUUGUAAAGGAUUUUGAUGUUCCAAAUGC